AUGAAUCAUCUUGGGAAUGUUAAAUAUUUAGUCAUUGUGUUUUUGAUUUUCUUUGAUUUAUUUCUAGUUAAUGGUAGAGAUGUACAAAAUAUAGUGGAUGAAAUAAAAUAUCGUGAAGAAGUAUGUAAUGAUGAGGUAGAUCUUUACCUUCUAAUGGAUUGUUCUGGAAGUAUACGUCGUCAUAAUUGGGUGAAGCAUGCAGUACCUCUAGCUAUUAAAUUGAUACAACAAUUAAAUCUUAAUGAAAGUGCAAUUCACUUAUAUGCUAGUAUUUUUUCCAACAAUGCAAGAGAAAUUAUUAGUUUACAUAGUGAUGCAUCUAAAAACAAAGAGAAGGCUUUAAUUAUUAUAAAGUCACUCUUAAAUACAAAUCUUCCAUAUGGUAAAACAAACUUAAGUGAUGCACUGUUACAAGUAAGAAAACAUUUAAAUGACCGAAUCAAUAGACAGAAUGCUAAUCAAUUAGUUGUUAUAUUAACAGAUGGAAUUCCAAAUAGUAUUCAAGAUUCAUUAAAAGAAUCAAGAAAAUUAAAUGAUCUUGGUGUUAAAAUAGCUGUUUUUGGUAUUGGACAAGGUAUUAAUGUAGCUUUCAACAGAUUUCUUGUAGGUUGUCAUCCAUCCGAUGGUAAAUGUAACUUGUAUGCUGAUUCUGCAUGGGAAAAUGUAAAAAAUGUUAUCGGACCCUUUAUGAAGGCUGUUUGUGUUGAAGUAGAAAAAACAGCAAGUUGUGGUGUUUGGGGCGAAUGGUCUCCAUGUAGUGUAACUUGUGGUAAAGGUACCAGGUCAAGAAAAAGAGAAAUCUUACACGAAAGAUGUACAAGUGAAUUACAAGAACAAUGUGAAGAAGAAAGAUGCCCUCCCAAAUGGGAACCAUUAGAUGUUCCAGAAGAACCCGAAGAUGAUCUACCUAGACCAAGAGGAGAUAAUUUUGUUGUCGAAAAACCAGAAGAAAAUGUAAUAGAUAAUAAUCCACAAGAUCCUUCACCAAAUCCAGAAAAUCCAGAAAAUCCACCAAAUCCAGAAAAUCCAGAAAAUCCUCCAAAUCUAGAAAAUCCAGAAAAUCCAGAAAAUCCACCAAAUCCACAUAUUCCUGAACAAGAACCAAAUAUACCUGAAGAUUCAGAAAAAGAAGUACCUUUUGAUGUUCCAAAAAAUCCAGAAGACGAUCGAGAAGAAAACAUUGAUAUUCCAAAGAAACCCGAAAUUAAUGGCAAUAAUGAAAAUGUUUUACCAAAUGAUAAAAGUGAUAGAUAUAUUCCAUAUCCACCAUUACCUCCAAACGUUUUGGAUAAUGAAAGGAAACAAAUUGACUCCCCAAGUCAAUAUAAUAAUGAAAAUAGGCACAUACCUAUUAGCGAAGAUAGAGAAACACGUCCACAUGGAAGAAAUAAUGAAAAUAGAUCAUACAAUAGAAAAUAUAACGAUACUCCAAAAUCUCCAGAAAGUGAAGAACAUGAAAAGCCAGAUAAUAAUAAAAAAAAAGGAGGAUCAGAUAAUAGAUAUAAAAUUGCAGGUGGGAUAGCUGGAGGAUUAGCUUUACUUGCAUGUGCUGGACUUGCUUAUAAAUUAGUAGUACCAGGAGCAGCAACACCCUUUGCCGGAGAACCUGCACCUUUUGAUGAAGCAUUAGGUGAAGAAGAUAAAGAUUUGGACGAACCUGAACAAUUCAGAUUACCUGAAGAAAACGAGUGGAAUUAA